CUCCAGGUGCACCCGCCGGCCUGGGCAGCAGCGGCGGGGACGGGGACGGCGGCGGCGGCGGCGGCGGCGGCGGCGACGGGUCCCGGGUCGGCGCCGCACGACGGCAUCAUGGCGCUGGCCGAGGCGCUCAAGUCGGCGAAGGCGCGGCCCGGGUGGUCGGAGCAGGCGGUGGAGAUCUUCUUCCGUGACUUCGGCGAGGAGGAUAUGGACCUGCAGCUCAAGAUCGCCGAGAAGGCCCUGACCGACGACAACAAGGCCAUGGUGUUCUGCAAGAUGUCCCUCGCCCUGCGGAAACACUGGGUCAAACGGCUCAGGGAGGUGCAUAACCGGAGCGCAUGAGUUGGGCAGUGACGCUUGGUUUCCUAUCCAUUUCCCAGUUUCCAUUUCUUCGAUUCUCCUUUCCCUGGUCCUUUGUUCCACGGCUUCAUUCGGGAGAAGACUGGAAGGCGUGACGGGGCGGCAGUGAGAUACGCGCUUAUUGGAGCAAUACGGUACGGGUCCUGUUUUGUGUGGUUUUAUUUUGGGCAGGCGAUGACGGAUGGUGUGGGUCUUCAGGAGUUUUUGCGACGAAUUUCUGUCUGCUUGAAUGACGGCGUCUUAUGAUGGGGUGCCGAGAU